AUGAGCAGCAAAAACUGCUGUGUUUUCCGGGAUGAACUUAUCCCUCGGGUGUUGCCCCCCGUGCUGGGGCUGGAGUUUGUGUUUGGAACUCUGGGCAAUGGUCUGGCCCUGUGGGCUUUCUGCUUUUCCUUGAAGUCCUGGAAAUCUAGCCGGAUCUUCCUUUUCAACCUGGCUGUGGCUGACUUAAUGCUGAUCUUCUGUCUUCCCUUCCUGACGGAUAACUAUGUGAGGAAAUGGGACUGGAGGUUUGGUGAUAUCCCUUGCCGCCUGAUGCUCUUCAUGUUGGCCAUGAACCGGCAGGGCAGCAUCAUCUUCCUCACGGUCGUGGCUGUGGACCGAUACUUCAGGGUGGUUCACCCCCAUCAUGCUGUGAACAAACUAUCCAAUAGAACAGCAGCCAUCAUCAGUUGCCUUCUGUGGGGGGUCACCAUUGCCCUAACCGGCCACCUCCUCAUCACCUCUCAUGUGAAAAAUAUGGGAAACUCGCAGUUCUGCAGCAGCUUUGCCAUCUGCCCAACCUUUGGCUGGCACGAUGCCAUGUUCCUCCUGGAGUUCUUCCUGCCCCUUGGCAUCGUCAUAUUCUGCUCCACCAGCAUCAUCUGGAGCCUUCGGAGGAGGCAGUUGGACAAGCAGGCUAAGAUCAAGCGGGCCAUCCGCUUCAUCAUGGUGGUCACCAUUGUCUUCGUGAUCUGCUUUUUGCCCAGUGUGGCUGUGAGGAUUCGGAUCUUCUGGCUCCUCUACUCCCAGGGCACCAGCAACUGUGAGAUCUACCGCUCAGCAGACCUGGCCUUUUAUAUCACCCUCAGUUUCACCUACAUGAACAGUAUGCUGGACCCCCUGGUAUACUACUUCUCCAGCCCAUCUUUCCCCAACUUCUUCUCCAAGCUGAUCACUUGCCGUCUUAGGCAGAAGUCAACAGGAGACUCAGAUAACAACCGGAGCACCAGUGGGGACCCCACAGGGGACUUGUGCCUGACCAGUUCCAGUUGUGGAAAUACCAGCACCCGACGGAGUCUGCCAGAUGUAUUAAAGACCAACUCCAGUGUGGUAUGGACCUCUACAAAUACAACCCCAACAUCUCCUUAA